GACGUCACGGGGGAAGUGGGCGGGGUUAAACUAAGCCGGUGAAGGAUUGCCUGGCGGGAAGGCGCUGCGGAAGCAUCAGACAGUGGCCGAGAGCGGACACAGCGAGUCACUGCCAUUCUCUGUCCUGCUGUCACCCUCACGUCCGCCACCAUGCCGCCCACCGGCCGAGAGCAGCUGAAAGGCCGGGUCCAGGAGCUCAUCGACAGCAACCUGGUCAUGGUGUUCAGCAAGAGCUUCUGCCCAUUCUGCAUCCGGGUAAAGCAUGGAGGUGUCUGUGGGGGGGGGGUAAUGGGGUGUCUGUGGGGGGAUGGGGUUUGUGAUGGGCAGGAUGGUAUAAGCCUAGGAAUAGUCAGCCAUUGUUACUCCAACUCCCAUGACAGGCAGCCGUUCUCCUCACAUAGUAUGCCAAGCUCAGCCAUCCCUGGCUGCUAGAGGUGGAGGGCCACCUGGGGUUUCAUUUCUUUCCUGUUGGAGGCUUUGUUUUAACUCUUCCAGCACUCUGGGGAUCCAUUGGCAGCUAUGCUUACAGUGCUGUUGUAAGAGGAGUAUGUCCAAAAUGGUUCCAGAUAUGCCUGCCUGCUGUGCCGUAUACUAACUUAUUGUUACAGAUGUUUAAAUAAAUAUGUAUAGUUUGUGCUAUAUUCUUAGAUCUCUCUACAGCCCUUGGUGUCCAUUCCAUCCCCUGUUUAUGUGUUUGUGGAAAAAAACUAAAUAAUGAAUGUUCUGAUGUGUUCCCUUGUGCUCUGUAUAUGUGUGGUCAUGUGCACCAUAUUGUGUAUAUAUGAAGAGGCAAACAUAUGACCAAAUGUACUUUGGUUUAUGUUACCUGAUUUUCAUAGAGGAAAUGUUUUGCUCUUUUAAUGGACUUUCUCUGAAACAUAGAAUGUGACGGCAGAUAAGAACCAUUCGGUCCAUCUAGUCUGCCCAAUUUUCUAAAUACUUUCAUUAGUCCCUAGCCUUAUCUUAUAGUUAGGAUAGCCUUAUGCCUAUCCCACGCAUGCUUAAACUCCUUUACUGUGUUAACCUCUACAACUUCAUAUGGAAGGCUAUUCCAUGUAUCCACUACCCUCUCAGUAAAGUAAUACUUCCUGAUAUUAUUUUUUUUUUAAACCUUUGUCCCUCUAAUUUAAGACACUGUCCUCUUGUUGUGGUGGUUUUUCUUCUUUUAAAUAUAGUCUCCUCCUUUACUGUGUUGAUUCCCUUGAUAUAUUUAAAUGUUUCUAUCAUAUCCCCCCUGUCUCGUCUUUCCUCCAAGCUAUACAUGUUAACAUCCUUUAACCUUUCCUGGUAAGUUUUGUCCUGCAAUCCAUGAACCAGUUUAGUAGCCCUUCUCUGAACCCUCUCUAAGGUAUCAAUAUCCUUCUGAAGAUACGUCUCCAGUACUGUGUACAAUACUCCAAGUGAGGUCUCACAAGUGUUCUGUACAAUGGCAUGAGCACUUCCCUCUUUCUACUGCUAAUACCUCUCCCUAUACAACCAAGCAUUCUGCUAGCAUUUCCUGCUGCUCUAUUACAUUGUCUGCCUACCUUUAAGUCAUCAGAAAUAAUCACCCCUAAAUCCCUUUCCUCAUAUGAAGUGACACAUUAUUUCGUUGUGAAAUCAUAUUUCAGUUCGUGCUUAGGGUUCUGCCUAAAAAUGUAUGCUGAAACAGUACUUAUUCGGUUUGGUUUUUGGGGAGGGGUUUUUUUUUUUUUUUUUUUCUUCAAAUACACUAACACUGACAAGAUGGGGGAAAAAAAUUGUAUGAAAAUCUUACAUAGAAUUCAUUAAAAUGUAAUAGAAAUGUCAUAGCAUUUCUAUUGCUAUAGUGUUCCUUUCAGGUGAGCAUAUCUUCUGUCCACUUCUUCCCUGGAUCACUGCACACCUUUCGGGGUCUUUGCAAGAUGUGGAAAAAACAUGAAGGUAACUGAGCUCCUUUUAAAGGAACACUCUAGGUCAGCGUUUUGCCACUAGUAUUCCGUGGAAACCUAGGUUGCACUACAACAAAAUUGGGGUUCCGCUGCGAUUUGCUUGUCGGGUGGCCCAAGAAUUUAUGUAUGGGUAUCGCUAAACAGGGGUCAGUCACCGUGUCAGUCUAAGACUGCGACUGGACCCCUGUUGUAUUGGAUGCUGGUAGGAAGUAAUAGCGAUUCCUCGCAGACAGUGUGCCGGUUGGAGGGAGAGGGGGAGCAGCGGGGACUGAGCAGUACACUAGGGUCAGCCAGCAGCACUGAAGACCCUCCUGCAGAAAAAAGGUAAGUGAACAGCAAUUUUUCACGUGUUUACCUGUCAGUAUGUGUAUCUACCAAGGUGUGUGGAUCUCAGUAUGUGUAUCAGUGUGAAUGUAUCAGACACACACACACACACACACUCUCUCUCUGACAAAACACUAACAUACAGAUAUACACACACUGACAGAUAUACUGUGGUGGACCGCCUGGCACCCCAACUGGGUGCCUUCACCAAUCAAUGCUCCUAGUGCUCACCAAGUACUCCAAGCUCUCCACUAGACACCAUCAGCACUGUAGUCCUCACUUCCAGCGUUACAGCUUGGUUGGGGUCUUGCUGUCCUCUACCCACCCUGGACCCAAGACCAGGAUCCAGCUUCCAGUGGGUAGAUCUCUCCUCCAAGAGAGUGUAGCAAUAUGCUCUUAAAAGCAAGGGAUUAUAAUCCCAGGGGAGUAUAGUGAUAUAGCAAUUCACGGAGUGAUACAGCUGUUCUCCCCCACACAAGAUAACUCUAUGUUGAGGGUAAGCAGGAACUCGUUUAUUGGUAGCCACAACUGGCCUUAUAUGCAAGUCCCCAUGCAUCGGCACUCCCCCUGGACCUGAGAGUAAACCACAGCAGAAGCAAACACACGAUUACAUUGGUUCUCAGAUCCAGGACACUCCCAUACAUAAUGAGAAAAUCACUCCCCUGUGCCUGGGAGAUAAUUGGAUCAGGAACUGUACUAACUUCUCCAGGCAGAAAAACACACAUUUCAGCAGUACCUCGAAAGUACUCCUAAAACCCAUGGAAACCCCACUAACGUUACGUCCCCUGAUAACCCGAUCUGGAUGACCAACAUAUCAAAAAUUCACCCAGAUUGGUUCAGGGAUUCAGGAUUUCCAUGCAAGUCCAUAUCCUGCCCAAAAGAGUUCCAUGAAUUCAGGCUGUGCGGUCGUUCUCUUUCGGGAAAACCAAAUAGUCCAAAAUACCGAACAUAACAGUUCAUGGGUAGAUUCAGUCUAUGCCUCUCGUUCGGGAGCUUGCUCCCAACAAAUGCCGCUCUUCUCAUAAGAACACAACCGAACAUACUUGGAGAUGGAAGUCCCAGCGGUGUUCGCUCCGUCUAGUGUGUCCAAUUAUAGUUCCAUGUACUCGACUACCAAGCACCGUUGUAUGUGAUCGUGGCUAAAGAUGGCCGCUGUCACGUGUUCGCACAUACGAACGACAGCCACCCAGCUAACCACUUAGAAUGUUGCGGUUGAGGUAUUGAUAGGGGUCAAAAGAGUCAACAAGCAGCACACAACUGUUCUGUGUGAUCGGUCCGUUCGACAGUUAAUUCGGUAUACAAACAACAUUAGUCUGAUUUGUUUAACAAGCCCCAAAUACCGAACCAUACGGCGCCACCCAAAGACUGCUAACCCCUGCAGUAACCUUUAGUAUUUAGUGUCUCUUUACUGCACCACUGCAACUUUUGGAGUCUUUGCUGAGAUUUGUGUAUUCUGUUUUUCUCAUUUUUCUUGGCACGAUUUGUUUUUAUGAUUUUUGGGAUACUACCAUAUUGCCAGGCUGCUUGUUUUAUUGGGAAAGCAUAUCCUUUAACAAACUUUGUAUUUUCACAGGUUAAAGAACUUUUCACAUCGCUAGGCAGAGAAUACAAUGCUCUUGAGCUUGAUGAAUGUGGUAAGUUUUCUAUACCGAAAUACGUUCUUAUGAAGCAAGUGCUGCCAUACACUAAUUCAGUGCUUCUUUUUGAGAAGUAUUGUAUUGGUAGAGUGUGUGCCAUAAGUCUGUGUUGCUUCUCUAUGAAAAGCAUCAGAUUGAACUGGAGAAUAUUAUUGCAUGUUGAUUAUCUCGCAAUGGAUCAAUGAGGAGACUAUAAUCUUGAUUACAGAUGUGUUUAAAAGGACACUUCAAGCACCAUAAACACUAAGGUGUGGUUAUGGUGCCUGGAGUGCCCUUACACCAGUCCCAGUGUAAAUAAUCAGCACGCUGAAGAGGUAAUGGUGCGUGGAGUGUUCUUUUAAAAAUACGUGAUCUAUUUAUUUUAAUUACAGCAAUGGGCUGUAGUAAUUUUAAAUAAAGGGACACUAUAGUCACCAGAACAACUACAGCUUAUUGCAUUUGUUCUGGUGAGUAGAAUCAUUUCCUUCAGGCUUUUUGCAGUAAACACUGUCUUUUCAGAGAAAAUGCAGUGUUUACAUUACAGCCUAGGGAUAACUUCACUGGCCACUCCUCAGAUAGCUGUUAGAGAUCCUUCCUUGGUCAUGGCUGCCUAAAAUGCAUCCAAACAUUCAGUAUCUCCUCCCUCUGCAUGCAGACACUGAGCUUUCCUCAUAGAGAUGGAUUGAUUCAAUUCAUCUCUAUGAGAAGAUGCUGACUGGUCACAGCUGUGUUUGACUUGCUCUGGCUUUGCCCCUGAUCUGCAUCCUUGACAGUCUUGGCCAAUCCUAUAGGGAAGCAUUGUGAUUGGCUCAGACCACCAUUUGUGAUUAUGUCAGCAGGUCUGAGGCAGAACCAGCAGCUGCAGACUUGAAUACAAGUAAGAUUUUAAAAUUUUGGGGGGCACCAGGGGGGCUAGAUGGUGGUUUAUAGGGUCAAAAAUAUACAAUUGUGUUCCUGACACUAUAGUGUGCCUUUAACCCCUUAAGCAGAGUAAGUGAUGAGAACCGCACCCAAUCCCAACGGCCAAGGGUGCUCCAGAGCAGGACCAGCAAUCCCAGUACAAUAAUCCAAGAGGAAAAAACUCACAGGCACUCCAACUUCAAGCCGCAGGCAGAUUUAUUAUGACAGAAUGCAACGCAACCCCUUAAGGACACAUGACGUGUGACAUGUCAUGAUUCCCUUUUAUUCCAGAAGGUUGGUCCUUAGGGGGUUAAAAAGGUACACAUCUAAUAUAUAUAUUUUUUAAUGCUCAAGCGCUCCUGUUUAUUUAGUCUUAAAAGAAUACUAUAAGCAUCAAAAUAUCUUUAACUUAAUUAAGCAGUUUGAACAGUGGACAAGAGCUAUACACCCAAUUACCUGCUAUUUAGGAGUUAAAGGGAUUCUACAGUGCCAGGAAAACAAAGCAGUUUUCCAGGCACUGUAUGUUCUUACAGUGCCCCCCUCCUGUGGCAUUAAAGGGGUUAAAACGUCUUUAGCCACUUACGUGAAUCGAGCACCGAUGUCCCUCGGCGCUGGGUCAGGCUCCGACAGCAGCCAGCAGGGGAGACCUAAUGCGCAUGUGUCAAUGGCCUCGCUCGCGUUAGCAUUUCCUCAUAGGCAAUUUUAAUCACACACAAGAGGCUCCUACAAGAUCUGAAAGGCUAUUAACAGUGCAUGAUACAAGAGGUAUUUUUUUUUAAUUAAACUAUGCAAUAGAGGUAGUUUAAACAUUGGGUCUCAUUUUACAGGGAGUUUUUAGGAAAGCUGUGCAAUUUACAUGCAGUGAGUUGGGAGUAGGGCUGCAUAAACAAAGUGAUUUUACUCGUAAAUGGCAGAGAAUUGAGCAGAGAGCCUGCAUGGGAAGGAUCUAUACACCAAAACCACUUUAUUAAGCUAAAGUUGUUAUGGUGACUAAUCUCUCAAGUGACUCUAUCCCCCACACUUUCAGGGAUUCUGAAAUGUAUACUUUAAGGCUCAAGUCAAUACUGAUGUAUCUUUCCUGUUUUUUUUUGUUUUUUUUCCCACCAUUCCUAAUGAAACAGUGCGAUGACCUUAGCAAGCCUUUCUUUUGUAUUCUAAGUUUCUUACUAACUGGUCAAAUAUGAUUGACUUGUUAUAUGUAUGCAAGAGAGUGUUGGUGUAGGACAGCUGUGUUAUGACAGAAUUGUGGCAGUUUGUUUUUCCUCUCCACUCUGUUUUUAUUUUUUGUAUGUGUUCAUUGUAAAUCAUGCUGCUUAUCAAAGGAAAACAAAAGAGCUAAUUAUCUAGUGCAUGUAGUCAUGGUGGCUCAAACUCGCCAGUCCAUGUAGCAAUAAAAUUAGUUUAUUCACUAAAGUGAACAGGAUUUCAAGGUGAAUUUCAAAUUAAAGGCUAAAAUAGCAGAAUUUAAAAAAACUUUCCAGUUAAGGUGUGCUUCCAGUUCAAUUACUUUGGCCUUAGACCAUUCUUUGCAUUCGGGAUACGGUAAUUCUCACUUUAAUAUCACUGUUAAAGGGACCCUACGGACAGAGCACUUUAGCUUAGAGAGUGUUUUCUUUGGGCAGGAGUGUUGCUUUAAUGUUUUACUUAAUGCCUUUUGUAAAUACGUAAUUAAAUGCCUUUUGUAAAGAUGUCUUUAAUCACUACUAGUCUACAUUAUACAUUCUAUUAAAAUAUGGAAGCUAGUAAAAAGGAAAAGAGGUUUUGCCUUACCAAAUGCUCUUUCCAAGGUUUCUAGUAAUACUCAUAUUUUUUUAUUUAUUUUAUAUAUAUAUAUAUAAAAAUAUAUUCAGAAAUUGUACUAAGCUUUACAGCUAUUUGGGUAUUGCUCUGCAUGUCUAGCAUUUUCACCAGUCAGAUCAGUUUGAAGUGAAUAUGCUGCUUAUGUGACUUGGUUUAAAUAGGACAGGGGCAUGCAAAUACUGGUAUUUCUAAUUUGAAACAAAUGGGAUCUAUACACACAUUGUUGCUUUGCUACUCCUAUAGGGUUCUUAGUGAGAACAGUAAUUGUAUUUUACCUCUUGGCCACUUGGUAAUUUAAUCAGGUGACAGGAGGCAAAGUGGAACCCAAAUGGGUAAUACAGAAGGUGCUUCUAAGAAAUCAGGUUCACCAGCUUCUUAUUCUGUUGUUCACAAAUCUGGUAGUUUUGUUUGUACACUGUUUGUAAUGAAGCUAUCUUGUUAGAUUCACCAUAUUUUCAACAAACUGUACUGAUCUGUACUGUGUUUUUUGCAUUUUAGACGAUGGCAGUGAUAUUCAAGAAGUCCUUCACGAACUUACUGGGCAGAAAACUGUCCCUAAUGUUUUUGUUAAUAAAACCCACGUAGGCGGCUGUGAUAAAACACUUCAGGUAAAAUCUACUUCUGAGUGAAAAGCGUCUGAAACCAUUCGCGACACGUUGACAUGUUUCUUUGGUCUUCUGACUAACUGUUAACAUUGUUUUAUGUGACUAUUUCUCAUGCAAAGAUAUUUUGUAGUUAUAUGGAAAUCAUACAUUUAUACAAUGCCAUCUGCUCAUGUGUCGCCAGUAACAGUAUCUAACUGUUGUGGAUUCUGGAUCUAAGCAGCCCUGGGUAUAACCAUUGGUGCUUUUUUUUAUUUAUUUUUUAUUUUAUUUUUUUUGAAAGGUCCAAGCACCAUAAUCAAUACAGUGCAGUUGACCUUUUAUCUUGGGCUCCGCUUCCUGCCUCUCAUUUUUCCAUACGGAGAGCUAGAAGAUCCUGCUAAGAGCUUCCAUGAGCUCUUCUGAGCUAAUGUUCUGCAGCGUUGGGUUUAGCGAGAGAUUUCAGGCUGCAGAAAAGCAGGGAAUGUAGUUACACUAUUGGCAGAAGGUUUGACCACUUACAGGUUGCAGCGUGCAGUAGUGGUGCUUUGAGUGCUUCAAUAAUUGUUCUUGCAAAUUUCUCCUUCUAUUAAGAGAGCAGCUAGCACACAUAUAACUCCUGUAAUGGCAUUUCACUAUAUGAGCAGCCCUCAAGUCAUAAAAUCUAAACUGCAUGCUUGCCUAAUAAAAAUAAAUAUAUAUAAAAAAACUGUAUGUAUGUAUGUAUACACAGUUUUUUUUUUUUUUGUGCUGAAAAAGCCCCACUUGGCUUAUACUCGAAUCAAGGUCUUUAUUAUGGCAAUCUACAUUGCCAUAAUACAGACCAGGACCGGCAGCAAGCUGUUACUCACACUGUGAGCUGAAUGGAGCUGCUACAAAAGGUAAGUCUCGCAAGACCCGUGGCCAUCAGAGCGUUGCCACGGGUUAGCGUGGCAAUGCUCCACGCAGACAGCGAGACUUACACUGGGAGGUGAACGGAGCUGCUACAAAGGUAAGUAACAGCUUGCUGCCGGCCCCUCCCUGCACAGCCCAUGCCACUGGACCACCAGGGAUUGCUAUACCCUCUCUCCCUGGCCAGGUAACAAGCAGGGAGGGAGGACCAAAAAAAAGGGGGGGGGAGAAUGAAAAAUUUAAAUAUGUAAAUAAUAAACAUGCCCUCCCCCAACCCAGUAUACAAACAUACACACUGUAUCAUAUACACACUCUGUGUGUGUGUGUGUGUGUAUGUGUGUGUGUGUGUGUGUAUAUAUAUAUAUAUUCACACACUCUGCAAACAAAUAUUCAAUUAAUGUAAUUUUAUUGGGAUCUAUUUUUAUUUAGAAAUUUACCAGUAGCUGCUGCAUUUCCCACCCUAGGCUUAUACUAGAGUCAAUAAGUUUCCCAUUUGUUUGUGGUAAAAUUAGGGGCCUCGACUUAUACUAGAGUAUAUGCAGUGUUUGUAUCUCUCUCUCUCCUUUAACAGCAGGUGUAGCUCAGUCCUGUAUAGAUUAGACUUAAUGUCUUGUAUAACUGUCAUAUCCAAAAUGAGUUUUCUUAGAAAUGAAAUGAACCUGUUGCGCUUGCAUGUUAUCUAUCUUGUGCAGAUGUCACACUAAUGCAUAUGCACAAAGGCCACCUGUAAAGGAAAAAUAAUAAAAUCCGUAAUUAAUAUGCAUGCAUAAAUAAACUCAUGUUUAUUUUGUUUUGUUUUUUCAUAUGUGAACACUAACGCUAGGACCAGUGAAGGGGAACACCUGUAACAGCAGUAGUGCAAAUUGUUUUUUUUUUUUUCUUGGAAUAUUGCAAGAGUUAGAUUUUUCAGAAACAACUUGGUUACUGAUAAAACGCUUGAUCAGAGCAAAGUCUACAUUUGUUACUUGAGUCAUCAGUGCAGGUUAUUCAAUUAGUGGGGUUUGCCUUUUAUUUUUAGAUGAAAUCUACAUGGAUGGUGCAUUUAGUACAACAUUGGAAUACUUUGUUUCAUACAUAUGUUAAACAUUUUUGAAAACAGAAUUUUAGUAUAACCCUGAAGUUGUCAAUGAAAGUGCUGUUAUUGGCACCCCCAUUUUCCUCCUAGCUUUUCUGUGGUGUGCACCAAAUUUGCAGAUUUUAGUCUUUUUACGGGGCAAUUAUUCCUCAUUGAGUGCUGUUUGACUCAAAUGAUUUACAGAAAUGAGGCCAGCAAAUUGAACAGAUUGAGACAUUUCAAAAAUAAAUUUCAAUGUCCGCUGGUUAGGGCAGAGUGUAAGUGUCCCUGGACAAAAUAUAUAUAUAUAUAUAUAUAUAUAUAUAUAUAUAUAACAAUGUCUCUUCCAGAUGCUAGGGAACCAGGACAAUCUCGUAAGUGGGCUACUAGAACAAACCAUUCCUGGACAUAAAGUGAGAACCUAGACCUGCUUCACUGAUACAACAGCAGGCCCAAUAAGAGGGGCUACAUGAAAUAUGUUUAGACUAUGUGACUGAAUAAGAGACAAUCAUCUAAACUAAUACCAAAACAGCUAGUUACACAACGCUUCAACAUAGUGAAGAGCAAACUAGUGUCACAGCUGAAAUUAGGUGGACUACACAAAAUAAUAUAAAGGGGCCAUGAGGAAAAAACUUCCAUACCCCCACCUUUACCUACAGAGAAGGAUGUGGAAAGUUUAAAGGAUCACUAUAGUGUCAGGAAAAAAAGCGUUUUUUCUGACACUAUAGUGGCAUGAGGGUGCCCCCAAAACCCCUUCAGCCACUUACCUUAUUCCAGGGCCGGGCUCCCUCGGAGCUUGGGACCUCUCCUCCCCGUCCGUGACUGGGACCUCUCCUCCCCGUCCGUGACUGGAGCCACUAAUGCCUUAAAGGGACACUAUAGUCACCCAGACCACUUCAGCUCAUUGAAGUGGUCUGGGUGCCAUGUACCUCACGUUUUAACCCUUCACAUGUAAACAAAGCAGUUUCACAGAAACUGCUAUGUUUACAUAGCAGUUUUCAAAGUGUCUAUAGGAAAGCAUUUCUCAAUGCUUUCCAUCGCGCAGAGCUUCCACAGGAGUCGAAAUUCGCCUCCAGCGUCGCAGAUGUGCCCCUAGUGGCCGUCCGGAAGACAGCCACUAGAGGCCGGAUUAACCCAAAAUGUAAACAUAGCAGUUUCUGUGAAACUGCUUUGUUUACAUGUGAAGGGUUAAAACGUGAGGUACCUGGCACCCAGACCACUUCAAUGAGCUGAAGUGGUCUGGGUGACUAUAGUGUCCCUUUAAGGCAUUAGUUGUAGGAGCACUCAGGGGUGUAGCAACCAAAAUAAGAGUGGCUGCAGCAGAUUCCAGGAGACAUCUGAGAUCUCUGUGUAGAAGAGGGCAGUUCUAGGAACAUUUGAGAUCUUCGCUCUUUUAGAAACAUUUAAGAUACUGCGCAAAAUCCUUAUUUUUCCCAGGCCACUGGUAGGGGACCUGAGAAUGAGGAAUACACAAACAAACCACCCAGAGGGGAUGAGAAAAAAAGUAUAUAAUUAUAGAUAAUAUGGUAAGUCAAAGCAGUUGCUUUAGUCUUUCAGUAUGUUAAAUCUCCCCAAGAAGUUGAUCUGCAGCCCUGAGGUUGAAACAGUGGGGUGUAUUCACUAAAUGCUACAUGGUAACCAUAUAACUGCUAAAUGUGGUUGUGUUGUCACAAAAGGCAAAUGUGGUUAAGUUCAGAUACUUGUUGACCCAGCUAUUCACAAACCGCUGAAUUGCAUUUUGAGUUGUUCCAAUUUCACUGAUAUAGACCAGGGAAGUGUUUCUAAAAUUCUAAGUCUAUGUGAUGCACUUAUACAAGAGGAUGUUUCCGGGUAGCAACAAUGAGAACCAUCUGAAAAGAGAAGGUAUCCAUUCAGCUCAAUUUUCUUCAUUUGUGCAUACAGUGAAAUGACAACUAAAUGCAGGAGAAUUUAGCCAAAUUAGGAAAAGCAAAGAGACCCCAAGGUAUUUAUGGUUUAAAGGACCACUAUAGGCACCCAGACCACUUCAGCUCAAUGAAGUGAUCUGGUUGCCAGGUCCCUCUAGUUUUAACCCUGCAGCUGAAAACAUAGCCGAUUCAGAGAAACUGCUAUGUUUCACUGAGGGUUAAUCCAGCCUCUAGUGGCUCUCACUGACUGUCGCUAGAGGCGCUUCCGCGAUUCUCACUGUGAAAAUCACAGCGAGAAGACACUGGACGUCCAUUGAGUAAUGCUUUCAAAUGGGUUGUUCGAAUGCGCGCGCGUUUCUUGCUGCGCAUGCACAUUCAGAUCUGACGGGGGGUGGAGAGUUCCCCAGCUCAGAGGGAGCCUGGCGCUGGAGAAAGGUAAGUGGCUGAAGGGGUUUUAACCCAUUCAGCCCAGAGGGUGGGGAGGACCUAAUGACCCUAUACUGCCAGGAAAAAAAGUUUUUCCUGGCACUAUAGUGCUCCUUUAAUGUAAGGGUAUCUUUGGCACCCCAUAGGCCUGAGAGCUUGCUCCAUGUUAGUCAUUAUUUUGAUAGGUUGUAUCCCCUUCUGGUGCUUCUGUUUUGACUUAUAAAGGUGUUCGCUUUCCACAUACAGACUUGUUUUUAUUGUUCCCUUUUCUUUUAAAAGUUAACUUUUUUUUUUUUUUUUAACAUCUGUAUGUGUAAAAUGUUCGUGGACUGAACCAUUUCUGACUGCACGGACCUGUAGCUUUUGUUUAAUAAACUAUUUAUUUGUUACAGGCUCACAAGGAUGGAACCUUGGGGAAAUUAUUUGAUGAAAACCAUAUAAAGUAUGAUUAUGAUCUUAUAAUCAUUGGUGGUGGCUCUGGAGGACUGGCAUGUUCAAAGGUACAGUAUGUGUAAUUUAUAUUGUACUUCACACUAUCUGCUCUUGCUAUUAUUUAUUAGAACUUGAUUUGGGAGUAGACAGAACGUGUUUUUGUUUGUGUGUGGUGGUUUUUUUUUGUUUGUGUGUGGUGGGUUUUUUUUUCAAAUUUGAAAACUGCAUUAAUUCUUUAUUACUACAUUGGAAACCCAGCAACUAUGUAAAUCUUUGUUUAAGAAACGCACUUUGUACCAAUCCAAACACAAACCUAAUUUCGUGCCUUGAUUUUGCAUUUUCUAGUUUGUGCUGGUUGAAUGUUAACCAUUUUCAAGCCCAACAAUGUUGGAACUCUCACAAUAAUUAUGGAUUUGCCUACUCCUUAAAGGAUUUAAACUCACAACCAUAUCAGAGCAUUGUGUGAAAUGAUUAAUAUGAAUAUGAUUCCAUUCUGUACAGUGAUUAUUACUUUGAAAUAUUGCUUGUAACAUAGGAGUUUGAAUUGUGGAUAGACUGUGCUGUCUCUGAUAUCUGGCAUCCUGAUUUUAGUAUCUUCAUCUACCUCUGAUCACGCUUAGCCAUAUUGCACUGGUCCAUCAUGGGUACUGAAAUAAACAGUGGCUCAAUAUCUGCUGUUUGUUUACAUGGUGUAAAGUUUACAGCUUUCUUUCUAAAUACUGACCAUUAACAGUAUGCUGUAUGAUGCCUCUGAACCUAGUUUUGCUUGUUGAUUAAAAAAACAUACUCCUUGUUGAGGUUUAAUUUUCUUUUGUUUCUCUUGUUUGCAUAGGAAGCAGCUGCCAUGGGGAAAAAGGUCAUGGUUCUAGAUUAUGUUGUACCCACACCUCUUGGCACUUCAUGGGGUAGGUAAACACUACUUUUUAAAGAUGGUUAAACUAGUCUUUGAUCGUUAUUAUCUAGUUCUUGAUGUGAAUGUGAAGUUUUUUUUGUUUUUGUUUUUUAAUUCUUUUCUGUGCAUUGAGAAAUGUAACAAAACAUACCUGUGCUGCCUUUUCAACAUAGGCAGAUUAGUAAACGGCAUUGUUUUUGCCAUGGAUCAGAAUUGGUCCAUAUGUUUUACAGUUAUAACAUAACAGGAGCGUAAGAUUGGCAGCAAGCAUAUAGUGUGUGUCUUAUUGUUCUAUGGUUGGAGGAGCUAACCUGCGUCGUAGUAGUCGGGGAGAACUUUGUGGUCGUGUUUCUGCACUUUUUUCUUUUUUUCUAAUGGGUCGAGUUUGCCCAUGCGGUAGGUUCCCAUAGGGUGGGAUGGUUGUAUCUGUUGAUUGGGUCCUUUUGAGUGGUUAAGUGGCACUUCUCUCGGCUGUUUGGGUGAUUGCGAAGUUCUGGCGUUCAUAACUGGUUAAAUUGGUAUAUGUACGUCUGUGCCUGAGUGUGGGUUUUGUGUCGUGCUUGCUAUGCUUGGAUUAGUAGGUAGUGUCGACCCCUAACCUAAGAGGGUCACGGGGGUUGGGAGUACGUCUCGGUCUUUGUAUGGAGAGUUAUUAAUAAAACUUUGUAUUUCGUAGUGAUAGGGUGAGCUCAGAGAAGGGAAGAGAAUAGCAGAGCAGAGGGGACGAAUGGUACAGUUCUUUCUGGGUCCCAUGAGUGUGGGGCUGGUGUUGUUCCCGGUGCUGGGGCGUUCUGUAUUAGUCACAAUUUUUGGAGGGGCGCCGGGGCUUCCUAGAGUGAGAUGAGUUUUAGAACACCUUCUCUGCUGAAUACCGCCAGGGUUCUUGGCAGCAGCCAUCUGUAUUCUCCGUUCCCCUUCCACAGGUGUUCCGUUACGUUGCUCAAGGACUUUCUCCAGAGUAGGGUGCUCCGCGUGAUAUCCUGGAAGAAGGUAAGUUGUGAGGCUUCGAAGGCCAAUGGUGUCUUGUCUCUCACUGCUGCUAGUAUGCGGCGUUUCUGUCAUGGAAUGGCAGCGGACGAUUAUGUCCUUUGGAGCCAUUGUGGGUGCCCUUUUCUCUUUAUUAAUGCGGAAGUGGCUGUCAAAUUCCAGCUUUUUGGCUUGCGUAUGUGGCAGUAUUGUGGCCGUGAGUCUCCUCAGGUACUGUGGUAAUUCUGAUGAUCCCUGCGUCAGGGAUACCCCGGAUCUUAAUAUGUGUGUGCCUGCUGCAUCGGUGGGUAGCCCUGGGAGCCCUGAGGUUGUAGCUAUGGGUCCCGCAAGUCGAUGGGGGCCCCCCCGUACCUGAGAUGCGCGGCGGAUUGUCUGUUGGUGCUGGGGAGCUGUGGAUAAUGGCGUCCAUUCGGCUCCGUGGUUAAGCUCCGCCUCUCGAAUGUGAAAAGUUUUAAAUACUUUUUUAUUAAGUUUAGUUGACUGGGAAGCCCGCUUUCAACACAGCCUCGUACAGCAGACACAAGAAUACAGUGGUUGCCAGUGAGGUGUAAUCAAGUGAUCUCUGCCACACAGGCUUGUUUUUGGAUUGUAUUUAGAAUGCAACCUGACAAGUGUGGCAGAUGGUAUUUGUGAGGAGGAAAUAGCUCUGUUUUGUGGCCCCAUAUAAACUGCUUAACUUUCCAAGGUUUUAAUUGUUGAUAUAGGUUGUUCAUGAGUCAUUCCUCCCACAAUCUCUUUGCAGUAGUAGAAAGCACUACACUCUUUGGUUCUAUUCUGGAACAGAUUAAGUUAACAAGUUGAUUUUUGUCAAUUAAUUUUCUUGAAUUCCAACAUGUUAAUGUAUUAGUGAUGAAAUGGUUGUAUAGCAUUACUAUACCUUUCACUCAUCACUGCUGGCUUCUUGUUCCAUUUCCUACUGCAAAUAGCCCAUUUACAGAUUUUUUUUUUUUUAAUUUUUUGAUUUUAUUUUUUAUUUUUUUAUUUUUUUCAUUCAAUCUUUUGUAGGACUUGGUGGUACCUGUGUUAAUGUUGGAUGCAUUCCCAAGAAGUUAAUGCAUCAAGCUGCAAUCCUAGGACAUGCCCUUAAAGAUUCCAGGAAAUUUGGAUGGGAAUAUGAAGAAAAUGGUAAAUUUUAGCUAUUCAAUCUCAGGAUGGACAUUAUGUUCCUUUUCCAAUAAUGGGAACCCAAUUUUGGGUCUUGACCUAGAGUUUAAAGCCACUUUCCUAUAUGUAGGCUAUGUUCCCCUUCAUAUAUACAUGAUUUAAGUCCUAUUUCUUCUUUUUAAAUUAAUUUCAUUUGGUAUCAUGCAUAUAUCACAGUCUGGCAAGUAGCCAGACACAUGCAGCACUAUCACUGUGAAACCUUUGCAUUUUUCAAGUGGAAUCAGUAUUUACAAUUAUUUGGUUAAAGUUUACAGUAGGGAUACAUUUAUUAUGUGGACACAUGGUUUGUAUUAUUUGUAAGAGGUCAUAAGAUUUAAAGGUUUAGGCUUAGAGUACUUAAUUUUGGGAUGAAGGAAAGAGUUUGAGUAGGUUUUAGCAAAGUACUUGCCUUCCUAUGAUUGAUAGUACAGCUUUAGCAGCUGUUAUACGGUGUGCAUCACUCAAUGCUGUCCCUGCAUGGCGCACUUCCUUUGUGAGAGACUGUUAGUGGGAAAAUGGGGAGAUGAUCACUUCCUGUCCAGCCUCACACACAGACACUGGGGGAGCUGGAACAGCAAUGAGUUUUACACCCUCUGUAACUGUUCCUGUAGCUCUAUCAAGCAUAGAAUGCUGACUGGACUACAAAGGACACUGGCCAAGGUUCCUGGUUCCUAUCUCCCCUCACCAGCCCAGCUAAUCUCCAAAAAGGCACAUUAUACGUGCCCCCAUGAGGAUAGGUGUCUGCAUGAAGAAUAAUACAAAGGUUGGGAUAUAGCCAGAUUCUAAAACAAAUACAAACCAUACAUAGUGAUGUAUAGUUUUAACUGUGACACUCGGCAGUAAUAGAUUGCACUCACAAGAUGGAAAUUCAAGAAUCUCCUGAAAGCCCAGAACAGGGCUGCAAUGGUCCGCUCUCCACCUUGGGUAGUAAUGGAUAGUCAGCAGGCACAGGAACUUCAAAGGAUGGAGUCAGGAAUCCGGUACAAAAUGGGUAUUUUAUUAGGCACAAAACACCGAUUAAAAAUAUAUAGUAAAAGCAAAUACAAAAGUAUAAAUAAAAUAUCUGUGGUGUCUGCAGACAGUGCCUACUCUGCCUAAUGGGAAAUCUGGCACAGAAGGCACCAUUGUGAAGAAAUGGAAAAUGAUUUGUAAAGAACCCAAAUCUUGUUGUUAUCAUCCUCGUUAGAGCAACUUUGUAUUUAAAGUAUUUAAGUGACAUCGGUGUGUUUAGAAGGGAAAUCCUAGUUCUCUGAUGUUUAAAGCAAUGGCAUGGUACUCUACCAAACAUUGAAAGGUACACUGUAGGCACUAUCUGCUUAAUCUCAUUGAACUAAUUAGUGUCUGGAGUCCACUGGUGCCAACGUUUCAGGGUUAAACAGUUUGUAAUGUUUUCAUGAAGCGGUCCCUUCCACUCUUUCCUAGAAUUAAUGAGGUAAUUGGACAGCUGUGAUUUGGCUGGUGACUAUUAACAAAUUAGAGUGCCCACUGCCGGUAUGAAUGGCUAUGACUUCAAGCAAGUGUAUAAUCUCUGCCUUCCGCACACCUCAAGUAGGGAAUGUACUGUAGGUGAACAGGGAGCCUUAUUUAGUGUUGAACUUCUUAUAAAUGAUUAAAAAGUCAUACUAUCAUAACAAAGUGUGAUGGUGUGAAACCCCAUUCUAUGUUUUGCUUUCAGUUCGACACAACUGGGAUACCAUGAGAGAUGCAAUCCAGAGCUACAUUGGUUCCUUGAAUUGGGGUUACAGAGUUGCACUGCGUGACAAAAGCGUCAGAUAUGAAAAUGCCUAUGGAGAAUUUGUUGAACAGCACAAAAUAAAGGUUUGUGUGUGUGUUGUUUUUUUUUUGUUUAACCCAAUUAACAAUUGGGUCAUUUGCCUCUGCGGUUGAUGGGAAGUUUAAUUGCCAGACUGUCUACAUCUGUUCAGUUUGAUGCUUUAGUGCAAUGUGGAUCCACUUUCUCAUAGUUUUAGAUAAACGUAGUCCUUGCAUUUGUAAUAUUGCAGCCUGAAUGGUUAAUUUCUAUUUUGAUGCAAUGUAAUUUUUUUACAAAUAGGCAACAAACAAGAAGGGGAAAGAGGCUUUCUACACAGCAGAGAAAUUUGUAGUAGCAACUGGUGAGAGACCCCGAUAUUUGGGUAUACCAGGUGAUAAGGAAUACUGCAUUACAAGGUGAGAUUCCAGUGGCAAAUACUAAGUUUUCAUCUCUUCCGUGCAAUAACUGUUAAAAUUGUGUCAUGCCAAAUCAGGAUAUUAGAAAAUUUAAUUUCACUAUCUGGGGUGUAUUUAGUGCAUAGGUAGUCAACCUGGUCCCUACCGCCCACUAGUGGGUGUUUUGGGAUUUCAGGUGGGCGGUGGUGGGUUCUGUAGAAAACUCCUGUUGGGCCUAGUUGGCCGUGAACCAAGCACACUAUACUAAAAUAUUUAGAAUGGAAGUGUUUUUUUUUUUUGUACAGCAAUGGUGGAAAUCUCAAGUAAGUUGAGAGUGGAUGAGUUAAGAGUUCAGAUCAGGAUUGCAAAAACUUUCUCUUAGCUGUAAAGCAAAAAGAAAAUCCUCAAACAUUUUCUUAUCUUAUCAGUCUUGUUAUAAAAAUAGUUUAAAUUCCUUUGUGGGAGGGGCAGGCAGAAGUGGUGAAAUUAACUUGUGGAUUAUGAGGAAAAAGCAGUAAAUGUUGGGUAAGAGGUAAAGCAACUUGUAUUUUUUUUUUUUUUUUUCUUGUGUAAGCUUGCAAUAAAUCUGGAAUGCUUUAUGUUGCAUUCUCUGCUUUUGCAGUUUUAUUCACAUAUGCAACUUUAUGCUAUUGUACUAUAAAGUGUCUCUUGGUUCAUUGGCUGAGAGCACCCAUCUGAUUGCUCUCAGCCAAUGAGCUAAGCCCUGCACUGCCAGGCUUAGCUCAGAGCUGUAAAUGUCCGGUUGGCAGGAGGCAAGGAACAGACACCAAGUAAGUCAAACUAGUUGGUCUGCUUACCUUGGGGUGGGAUGCUUCUGUUGCCAUAACCAUUGCUGCAUGCAAGUAUGGUGUGUUCAUUUCUAAGACGGCUGUUGGGUCUUGUUUAUACAUGGGUUAACAUGGCUGAUGUGUCUUCGGAGUAAACCCUGAAUAAGGUAUGCCCACAAUUCUUUGUCAACAAGGAGAGUACAUUAACAUUCUGUGCCAUGAAUUUGACAUGCAGUUUGGUGACACUUUAUUUUAUUAAUUUGAAAAAGCUAAUUUUUCCCUUUUUCAAUUUUUAAAGUGAUGACCUGUUUUCCCUGCCCUACUGUCCUGGAAAGACACUAGUUGUUGGUGCAUCAUAUGUAGCUUUGGAGUGUGCCGGAUUUCUUGCUGGUAUCGGCUUGGAUGUCACUGUUAUGGUGCGAUCUAUAUUUCUCCGUGGCUUUGACCAAGAGAUGGCAAACCGAGCUGGAGAUUACAUGGAAACACAUGGAGUGAAAUUCAUCAAACAAUUUGUGCCUACUUCGGUAUGAAACUGCUAGUUUGCAUCUUUCCCAAAGAUUAUUGAACUAAUUUAACCUUUUCCUGAUGAUAUCCCAAGACUUUUAAUAUAUUCUGGUGAAGACUUUAAAUAAGCUGAAAACUGACAACGGCUCGAGUAGCAUGCCUUUUAGUUCUUCCCUGCUAAUCACUUAUAGAGAUUCAUAGCUGUUUAAUCCAACUCACAUAGGCAAUUCAGAUAUGAAAUACCAAGUGAUUCCCUCUGCAUGAGAAACAGUGCAAACCCAGACAAUCGCUACACCUCGCUGACUAGGCCCAAAAAUGGUCAAAAAUAUUAUCUGGGGUUGCUGAAGUUCUUGCACAGAGGGAACUUUGCCAGCAAUUCAUAUCUGGACUGCCCUUUUGGAUGGGAUUAGUAUAUGCCUGAUUCUCUCAGUAACGGCAUAAGUGAGUUAAAACAUGAUUGAGACCAGAGAGCUUGUUUUGUACCCUGUUCUCAUAUUCUGUUUUUGGUUCAAUACUUUUUACACUGCUUGUUAUGUCACCAUUGUCAUUUUUUACAGGUUGAAUUGCUAGAGGAAGGAACACCAGGAAAGCUAAAGGUUGUAGCAAAGUCAACAGAAGGCGACCAUAUUAUUGAAGAUGAAUAUAAUACAGUAAGGAUUCUUCUUUCUUUUUGCUAUUCUCAGAAUUUGAUACAGAGACAAAUUGUUAGUGUUCUAUUAGUAGCCAUUCCAGAUUACAUUUCAAAUUUGUCAAAUUGACUAACUUAUUAUGCAGGGAAAUAUUUCCUUGCCUGACAUUCUGAAAGAAAACAUUCCCUGCCAUUUGCUAGUCCAUUUAGAGGCGCUGCUUCACAUGGCUCAGCAUAUCACAGGAAUCUGAAACCUGUGCCAUAUUGUGUUCAGGAUUGGAGCAUCAUGGGUAUUAUUGCCUGCAACUGCUGGAAUGGCAAACAUCCACCAUCACCCAUCCUGGCAUUGUGCUUGUGCUGUUUAAGCAUUGUCUUUAUUUCUUACAUAGAUAAGCAAUUUGUGCAGGUAACUGCUUAGAAGCGCAAACACCCUUUGUGUCCCUUUUUGUUUCUAGUUUUAAGUAAUAGGUUUCUUUUCCUACAGGUGUUAAUUGCAGUGGGGAGAGAUGCGUGCACAAGAAACAUUGGCCUAGAGAAGAUUGGUGUUAAAAUUAAUGAAAAGUAAGUAGAUUUGAAUCUUCACCAUAUAGUGGGUUUUCAAAGGGACUCUGAAUUAAAGAGCUCCUGGCUCCUCCUUUAAAAUGUACAUAUCUGUGUUUUUGGUAUGUUUUAUUUUUUCAUAAGGUGGUUUUUUUUUUUUAUAUAUAUAUAUAUAUGUGGUGUGUUUAAUGAAUAGAUUAUUUUUAAUGGAUUAAUAUACUGUGACUGGGAAAAGCACAAUACACCGCUUUGAAUAUAAAACGUUGAGAGAACUGUACAUAUUUAAUAGUCUCAAUGCCUUUUCAGAUCAGAUGAAAGCGAUUUGCUAAUUCUUUACAUAGGCUCCUUCUGCCUCAGAACUAUACACCUGUAAUCACACAGAAAAGCAGGAAAUUUAUUUGCAUGCUGGACUAUCAAUACUUUUUUUGCCUAAUUAUUUUCUGUAACUUUUUCAAAACUUUUAUUUUAAUGAUUGUGGAAAACACUUUUUAUUAUCCUACAUGGUUUUUCUACCUCCAGGAAUGGAAAAGUGCCUGUCAAUGAUGUGGAAGAAACAAACGUGCCUUAUGUCUAUGCUAUUGGGGACAUCUUGGAUGGAAAGCUUGAGCUGACUCCAGUGGCAAUCCAGGCUGGUCGUCUUCUGGCCAGGAGGUUAUAUGGCGGCUCCACUUUGAAGGUAGCCUGUUGAAAUAUUUUAUUGCUGUAUCAAAACAUGUCAUGGGACAAAAUUAAACACCUUUUGACUGUUUUUUAUUUUUUUUUCUGGCAAAAAUGUUUUGUUUGGGAGCCCCCUGCCCUGGUUUUCGUGUCUUAAUUUGAAUAUAGCCAUACCAUGGUCGUUACUGUUUCCUUUACUUUAACAAUCUCCGAAGAAUAUAUAAUCACUGGUUAAAGCAGGUGGGUCACUGCUGAAGGAGAACUACGGUAAUGCAUUGACCAGUCAAGAACUUGUUUUUAUGCUUUAUAUUGAGUGAUAGCAGGAGAGUGCAAGGGGGUGCGUUCGAUAUUCAGUGUGUGACUAGACUUGUUCACUGUGAAUGCUUCAGAUUUAAAUAUUAUAGAGUUCUGUACAGUUAAAAGGUUAAAAAAAGUAGUUAUUUUGCAACUGGUUCAGACAAACACAUUAUUGAAUGGUGAUCAAAAGUGCCUGCAAAACAUAAGAUGUAUUCAGAAUAGGAAAUGUAAAUGCUUUCCGCAAUAGUCCCACCCAGAUCCACAUCUAGUCUCCGUGACCUUAAUUCCCUGCAGGAUGCUCACUGUGCUACAAGCCUACAGGAAAUGGCAGUAUGAGCAUUCUGGCACCAGGGCUUAUUUAGUCAAAGAAACACAUACUUUCAACCUUAACUGGUUAAAUUGACCUAUUUUAGAGCCAUAACUACACUUGUCCCUCCACUUGUUUUCACAUAAUCUAACAGCCAAUGAUCUGUUUUUUGCAGUGUGAUUAUGUUAAUGUUCCAACAACUGUGUUCACUCCUCUGGAAUAUGGCUGCUGUGGGUAUGCAGAGGAGAAAGCCAUUGAGCUUUAUGGCCAGGAAAACCUUGAGGUAAGAUCAUCUCUUGAUAAAAUGUCCCCCCCCCACAAACCCAUUUCAAUAAUAAUGUUAAGAAGUCUGUCAGUUCCAAAAAGUGCCCUAUCAUUCACUAGAAAAUCAGAGCCUGUUCUAUUUAACUUAAAAAAUAAAUGCAUACAAUUAUUUACCCAUGUUUAUACACUGAUUAUAUCGUAACAAUGGCACCUGUCAAGGUGUGGGGUUUAUUGGGCAGCAAGUGAAGUCAGAUGUUGAUUUUCAUGGGUAAGUGACUUUUUUUUUUUUUACAAGGGCUAUAUAGUGAUGGUUAGAAGACUGGAUCGGAGCAUUUACAAAAUUGCAAGUCUUGUUGGGUGUUCCCAGUAUGCAGUGGUUAAUAACGAUCAAAUGUUGUGCAAAGGACAACCAGUGAAAUGGCCUGAGGGUCAUGGACGCCCAAGCUCGUUGAUGAAUGUAGGGAGCGAAGGCUAGCCCAUCUGGUCCGAUCAUGCAGAAGAGCUGCUGUAGCUCAAAUUGCUGAAAAACCUAAUUCUGGCCACAAUAGAAAAGUGUCAACACACAGUGCAUCACAAAUUCUUGCGCAUUGGGCUGUAUAGCCGCAGACUUGACCCAUGAUGACAACUACCAAAAGUGGGGAUGUUGGCAUCAGAACUGGACCAUGAAGCAGUGGCAAAAGGUUGCUGAAUCGCUUUUUAUUUUGGAUCAGAUGGAUUGCUGGGUGCGUGGUUUUGUAAAAAAAAUUCUUUAUUUUUUGGGGGGUGAAGGGGAGGAAGGUUUUACCUGGGGAAGAGAUGGGGUAGCAGCACUAUCGGAAGAAGGCAGGCGGAGGAAGUGUUAUGUUCUGGGCAAUGUUUUGCUGGGAAACCUUGAGUCCUGGCAUUUAUGUGGAUGUUAUGACCUGUACCACCUACCUAGAGAUUGUUGCAUUCCACAUACACCACUUCAUGACACUGGUGUCCCCCCCCCCCCUAAUAGCAGUGGCCUCUGAUGGCAGGGAUAAUGCAGCCUGUCACACAGCAAAAAUUGUUCCGGAAUGGUUUAAGGACCCUGACGGUUUAAGGUGUUGCCUUGGCCUCAAAAUUCACCAGAGCUCAAUCUGUGUGAUGUGCUGGAACAACAAAUCCAAUCCGUGGUGGCCCCACUAUUUUGCAGCUUGCAAUACUUAAAGGAUUUAAAGGAUCUGCUGGUAAUGUCAUGGUGCCAGAUACCAUAGAACACAUUCAGAAAUCUUGUGGAGUACAUGCAUCGACACAUCAGAGCUGCCUUAACAGCACGAGGGUGUCCUACACAAUUUUAGGCUGAUGAUUUUAAUGUCUUAUAAGUGUAUAUGCAAUGCUCCACCCGGUGAAAUGGAUUGUUUGUAUAAUGGAUUUUGUUUACCCUUUUUUAGGUUUACCAUACCCUCUUCUGGCCACUGGAGUUUACUGUUGCCAGUCGUGACAAUAAUACUUGUUUUGCAAAGAUAAUCUGCAACAAACUUGAUAAUGUGAGUGCUCUGUGUACAGUUUUUGUAUGCUUAAUGGUGGGUGGCAAACAUUGUCAGGGUUAUUAACUUAAGUGCGAAUUCACCUUAAAUUUGCAUUUCAAAUUUAAGGUCAUUAUUCCUGAAUUGCAAAAAUUCUCUAAGUCUGCUAUACUUAUGGUCUGGCUACUCUGUCCUUAAAUUUGAAAAUCACUUUUUAUUCACACUUUAGUUAAUAAUCCUGAACUGCAUCUGUUAACAAAUUUUUUUUUUAUUUUUUUUAAAGUUAAUCUCUGGGCUGCAUCCCCAUUGGUUAUCUUGUGUAAUUUUACCCACCAGUUAGACCUGCUCUGCGACUAGCUCAUGGUCACCUUUAUAUUCACCUUUAUAAUUCCUCUUUAAGGCAGUGCAGCAGUAUACCAAUGUCCCCAGCCCCAAGGGGAAUUCAUACUUUUAUUUACACGCCAGCCAAGUUCAUCUAGCAGGCUAUCUCGCUUAUAUCACUACCUAAUAUAAAUCUGAGUCACGUUAGACAUGCAGAGGGUGGAGACACUGAAUGUCAGUGCUGCACACUGCCCCAGGAAGCACCCUAGUAACCAUCUGAGGUAUAGCCAGUGGAGGUAUCCCUAGGCUGUAAUGUAAACACAGCAUUUUCUCUGAAAUAAAAGUUUGCUGUAAAAAGCUUGAAGGGAAUGAUUAUACUCGCGAAAACUACAUUAAAGGACCACUAUAGUGCCAGGGAAACAAACUCGUUUUCCUGGAACCAUAGUGUUAAUAGGUCCCCACCCCCAUGGCCCCCCUCCUGCCAGCCUCUAGGGAGAGGAUGGGGUUAAACUCCCACUUCCGCCGAUAUGCGCAUGCGUGGCAAGAGCCGCGUGCGCAUACAGUCGGUCCAUAGGAAAGCAUUCUCAAUGCUUUCCUAUGGACGCUGGCGUCUUCUCACUGUGAAAAUCAGUCAGAAGCGCCUCUAGCAACUGUCAUUGAGACAGCCACUAGAGGCUGGAUUAACCCAUAUGUAAACGUAGCAGGCAGGGUUAACCCUAGAUGGACCUGGCACCCAGACCACUUCAUUGAGCUGAAGUGGUCUGGGUGCCUAUAGUGGUCCUUUAAGCUGUAGUUGUUCUGAUGACUAUAGUGUCCCUUUUAACAUUUCCAGUUAUCAUAUACAAAGAAGGGUAAAUAGGAAUCGUUCAUGUAUCAUUUUACAAAAUAGAUUCCACUGUACUCCCAUGGAAGUUACUAUUGCAUAAUGUCCUCUUCUGUGGUAGGAACAGGAUGUGUUAAAAUACUCUGCAGUGAGAAAUCUUUACAAAUUGUUUCAAAUACGUAUUUUAGUAUUUUUAAGUAUACCACACCCCUUUAUAAUAAAAGACUUUGCAAAGUCUAAAACCAUAAAUUGUGUCAACAAAAUUGUUGGGGAAUUUUGCAUUUUUCCACACACAAAUAUUAACGCUAACUUUGGCCAGUGUUUGUGAUGAAGUGGCUACUAGAAAAAAAAUGGACAUUUGCAAUACCUUGGGUUGUCUUCUUUUGCAAAUGGUAUGCCAUCAUAGGGGUAAUUCUCAUUCCUGGUCUACCAUACGGUCUCAAAGGCAACAUAACCAAACGGGCAAAUUUCAGUCUGUAUAAACUGAGAAAUGGUAUGUGCUAUAUUUGACCCUGUAACUUUCCAAAACACCAUAAAACCUGUUCAUGGGGGGUACUUUUGUACUUGUGAGACAUCACUGAAUACAAAUGUGUUAUUUUAUUGCAGUAAAAGCAAACCGUAUUAUGACCUUGUCAGAAUACCAUGCAGAACUAAAAUAAAUAACACUUCCUCACAUUUUCCUAGAAUUUAUUCAUAUAAAAUUGUUUCAUAUAUGAAUAUUUGAUUUGAAAUGAAAGCCCUGUUUCUCCUGAACAAAAUAUGUAAUAAUUGUGGGUGCACUUCAUAUGAAAGAGGCAAAUUACGGUUGUAAAGAUAUAGGGUCAAAUUCCAGGUUUUGUUUUGAUCAUAACUUGUACAAUUGCCUCCGUCCUUAAGGGGUUAAAAAUGCUAUCUGGGUACUUGUUUAAUUCUAAGUUGCAUCUAAUUGUUUUUAUGAUCUUGUCAGGAUCGAGUCAUUGGGUUCCAUGUUUUGGGACCAAACGCUGGGGAGAUCACACAAGGCUUUGGUGCUGCCAUGAAGUGUGGUUUGACCAAAGAGAAAUUGGAUGAAACCAUAGGCAUCCACCCAACAUGCGCGGAGGUGAGCAAUCUAAAGAAAUGUACAGAAAGUAUAUCCUUGUGUAGCUUCUUAUGGUUUACUUUAUAAAUUUAAAACAAGCAGUUUUAGUUAUUUCCUUGUAUAAUGGUCUCAUGGUGUAGAGAUUUCAGAGAAGUCAUACCUUGUGACUUAUUCACAAAUUGCUUUUUACUAAACUGUGUGUAUUUUUAACUUUUUUCAUUCUCAAAAGUAUUGGGACACACAUCUUAAUUAUUGAAUUCAGGUGUUUCGAUCAGACCCAUUGCCACAGGUGUAUACAAUCAAGCACUAACCAUGCAGUCUGCAUUUGCAAACAUUUGUGGGAAAAAUUAGUCGUUCUGAAGCGUGGUACUAUAAUAGGAUACCACCCUUGCAAUAAGUCAGUUUGUGAAAUUUCAUCUGUUAGAUAUUCCAUGGUCAACUGUAAUUAGUAUUGAAAAAUAGUGUUUUGGAAUAGCAGAAACUGGGCCAUGAAGCGCAAGUCCGCGUAAAGUCAGAGCAGUGUCUCACCUGAAGCACAUAGUGCAUAAGUCACCAACUCUCUGCUGAUUCCAUAGCUGAAGAGUUCCCAACUUCUGCUGGCAUUAAUAACAGCACAAAAACUGUGUGGUGGGACUGGAGCUUCAUGGCAGAGUAGCUGCCGCAAGCCUCACAUCACCAAGUACAAGGCCAGACGUUUGAUCGAGUAGUGUAAAGCACACCGACACUGGAGUAGUGGAAACAUGUUCUGGGGAGUGACAGAACGUGUUUCUUUGUUUAGCCGUUUGGCGGAUACCGGGGGAAUGUUACCUGACUUCAUUGUGCCAACUGUGAAGUUUGGAGGAGGGAUAAUGGUAUUGGGCUGGUUUUCAGUGAUUGUGUAUCAGUUUGGGAAAGGCCCUUUUCUAUUCCAGCAUUACCCUAGUGCACAAAGCACAGUCCACAAGACAUUGUUACAUGAGUUUUGUAUGGAAGAACUUAACUGGCCUGCACAGAGCUUUGACCUCAACCCCCAACGAACACUAUUGGGAUGAACUGGAAUGGAGAUUGCAAACCAGGCCUUCUCAUCCAAUAUCUGUGCCUGACCUCACAAAUGGUCUACUAGAUUAAUGGGCAAAACUCCCUACAGAAAUACUCCAAAAUCUCGAAUGUAAUAGCCGGGUGUCCCAAUACCUUUGUCCAUAUAGUGAAAAAUGUUACAUUUCUUUUUAAACUAAUCUUUCUAGUAUGCAUGUGAAAAGGAGGGAAAAAAAACGGUGUUCAUUCAGCAGCCUUAAACCGUUGGGGUUUUGUCUUUUUGUUUGCAUCUCAGUCAAACCUCAUAUGACCUGCUCAUUGAAUAGAGCCAGCCACCACAUGUAGAUAUAAAGAACUAAAAUUAUAAUAAAGGUUAAUCAAUAAUCAGCUGAGGUCUUGACAUAAUUGUUGGUACAGUUAAUGAGUGAAAAUGGGGGUAGUAUUAAGAAACUCUAGUACUUCCCAGCUACAUAUAGAUUUUCAUGACUUUUUUUGAUAUUGCUCUCAAUCUCUUUAUUUCUGAUACUUUUUCAGGUGUUUACAACCAUGGAUGUUACCAAAUCUUCAGGAGGUGACAUAACUCAAAAAGGCUGCUGAGGUUAAGCCCUGCUGUUCUCAUUCCCUGGAUUUUGUGCCUCUGUUGUUGGCCAACACAAUAUUUAAGUUAACUCAGGAAAAAACACUAUUUUUCCUCUGCUAGGAAACCUGCGACUCCUGUAAGGUUGAUAUACUAGUAGAACAAUAAACUUCAGUUGGUGAAAACUCGUUGGCUAGCCCAGGGGUAGAUGUUCGGGGCAAAAAGAACAGCAGGGUAACUGCAAAUUCUGGAUCUGAACCAGGUUAAAGUGAAUUGUUUUCUCAAACUGCUUUUUAAUGAAGUCUUUACUCGUCACCUCUAAUAGAGGAGAGUUCUGACUGAUCACUUGGCUCAAUUCGGAUUUCAUCUUCCAGCUCUCAACUAGGCAUCUGGACCGUAUUUCCUCAUGACUACCCACGUCUGCCGACAGAGCAGCACUACAGUUCUUGUAGACUACUCAUGAUAAUGUUGCCUGUCUGAUUUUUUUUUGUUUGGUUUGGUUUUGUGUUUUUGUUCUUUACUCCCUCUGCCCUCUGUCUACAGUUUUAAUGUAGUAUAUUACAAAUGACUGUACAUACAAGAUAUUUUGAGAAAUGUUUGUAUAGACUAGCCAAACAUUCAGACAUUAAGGAUGCUGCUAUUGCAGUGUGUAUUGUAUCUGGUCUGCAACAAAGCUUUGCUAGUGCUGCCUGGUUGACUUUUAUUUAUCCAGACCCAAUCAAAUGAAACGACAGGCUAUUUUGUAUUUCACGUAAAAUAUCAAGUCAAAACUGUUAGUCUCUAAUUCUUAAUCCUUUUGGUACCCCAUGAAAGUGUGAAUUGUACAGACUUGCGGAAUUAUUCCAUAAUGAAAUAAUUUAGUGGGGUUUUUUAAUUGGUACUGUUUUUAAAACCUCCUUUGAAAAUGUUGCUGUUUAGUAGAUCAAUGUUAAAUACUUUAUUUUCACUCCAGUAAGUUGGUUACACAGCCCUCAAAAGAGAAAGUAAGUAAAGUAACAGAAUUAUUUGUAACUUUUAUAAAGCCAUUUUCUUCCAGUGCCAUUAAAUUUAGGGUUGUGCUUUUUCCCCCCCCCCCCCCCCCCCCCAUAUUUCUCCUUACUUUAAAGCUUCACUCCAAACUCUCUCCUCUGUAGUUUUGCUACAUGAUCAAGCUGUCACCUAUUUCUAUAUCAUAAAUAAGAUUUUGGCUGCCCAGAUCUGAUGACAGGUUUAAAUAUUACUGCACCUUUAAGACAAAUGUUUUCUAAGCCAUUCAUUUAUGAAUGAGACAGUCUGCAUUAGAAGUUGACAUGUACCCUUUGGAAAUGAUGCAGACUCAAAACUGUGUACCCUGUUCUCCAAUGUCUGUACAGAUCAAUAAAAUACAUUAACUUAUUAAGAUGUUUUCUGUUCUGUUAUUCAGUGUUCCCAAGUUGAUAACGUUUAUAAGUGGGGAAGAAACAGACUUUCUCUUACAUGGAGCUGAAUCCAGAAGAGGAUGAGAACCUGCAUUAUGACUUCCAAAGAAAAAAAAACUUCUUUAGAGAUGUUUGUUUUUACUAGACUAAUUUAGGAAGUAGAAAUAGCGUGGGAUAUGUAUAAAUAAUGGCAUAAUCUCAAACAAAUCAUUUUAUGCAUUUGGACAUACUGUUGACUGUCAGUAUAAUCUGUAUAAAGAUGUUGAAAUGGGCUUUACAUAAGAAUAUAAAAAUUACCUUUUGCCUUUACAUUGCAGCUCUUCAUUCAGUGCAGUUAAUGCAGAAUGCAUCUCUUGUUUUUUUUCUUUAUUUUUCAGUGCAUAUUAGUUUAACAUCUGCGCGUGAGGUACACCAACGGCAAUCCUCCAGCGUAUUUAAUAUAUGGCUAUAACAGUUGGGAUUUCUUGCGUACAUGCACCAUUUUAUAAUUGUUAGUUAAAUUUCUAGGCUUAAGCACAUUUUAGUUGUACAAUAAAAAUAUUAAUGAAAAGGCCUGGCUAGUCACAUCUGUCUCGCUAACAGUGUAUAAGCUAUGCAUUAACAGGAGGUUGAGAGACAUGCUAAGCUAAGUAAUAAAAAAAUUAAAUUGUAAGAUGUUGGGGUGCUUAGCUGACUAGCUUGAACCCCACAGGAGAUAAUCCUUUUAUAUUUUUAUUUUUUAAUAUGCAAGUGCUGGCACUAAUUGAGCUGUUUUAGACCAGGGAUGCCCAACGAGUAGAUCUCCAGAUGUUGUAGAACUACAACUCCCAUGAUGCUUUGCAUGCCUUUUAGAAUGUAUUUAUCUUGACAAAGCAUCAUGGGAGUUGUAGUUCUACACCAUCUGGGGAUCUACCUGUUGGGCAGCCCUGUUUUAGACAUUUUAUACCCAUCUGCAGAAAUCUUUGAGGGUUGGUGAAUCUACAACUGGUAUAGGCUGUACCAUUCUUGGGCACCAUUUUAAUAGGAAAAAAGGGCAAUUUCUAGUAGGGGUGGUACUUGCCCAAUUUAGCGUCAGUACCCAUGUUUCCAUGGUAUGUCAACAGAACAAGUAAUCGUGCUUGUCUUUAACAUGGCAAGUUGAAUGACCUUCCAACCAUUGUGUAGAAAGGUUAAUGAACUAAUCAUUUCGUUAAGAUUUGCACUGUGGCAGAGGCCUCUAGACACACCUCAGCAGCUGUACUUACAUUAAAUGUAACUUUGUAUUCGGGACUUAUAUACACAAAUGUAAAAGGGUG